AUCCGGCCAAUCAUAACCCCCUAUUCCUCCUCGACUGUCUGAAUUGGUGCGUAGGACGCGUGGCAGCCACCGAUAUCAUGCUGUGCGUUAGCUAUUCGCCAUGGUGAGUCAUUAAUAUCUCAUCUUCAGAAACAACAACAUCUUCAUCGCAGAUCCAAACAACAGUCAUCCAAAAUGGCAAGCAACAACAACAAUCAACCUCCCUUCUGGGAAUUCAUGCAAUCAUUUGGCCCAAACGGGGCUGGAAGAGGAGGUGUUGGCAUUGACCACGCUAGCUUCGGCCCUCAGUUUCCCCCGGGAUUCCCAUUUGACGCUGCCCAGUUCAAUCCCUGGAUGGCUCAUGGUUGGGGCCUUCGCGAAGGACAUGGUAGGGAUGGUCAUCAACAGUAUCGAGACGCACCCGGGACCGGUAGGGAAGAAGAUCAUGACGAUACCGAAACGGAGAGUUCUCCCGAGACUCUAAGACACACCCCAGAGGAGUCAGUCACUGGCGAUGCCCCACCCCCUCCGCCACCUGGAGCUUUCCCUAACCAUCCUCCGGCUCCCGGAGCAUUUCCGCAUCCCCACGGACCCCCGCCGCCGGGUGCUCCUAACCACCCGCCUCAUCCACCAUUCCACCAAGGUCAUCCGCCAUUCCACCACGGUCAUCCGCACCCAUUCGGCCCUCGGCGAAGACGAGGAAGUCGAUGUGGACGUGGCGGUCGUCGUGGCCCACAUGCAUCGACGGCCUAUAGCGGUCCUUGGGACUUCCGUCCAUUGAUGCAUGCUCUUUCUGCUCACCCAUUCGCCGAAGCUUUUAGAGAGUACAUGGUCCAAGUUUGCAGUGGUCCCUCUGGCGAAUCGAACGAGCACCAAGAUGAGAUUUUCGCCCCGCCCGUCGACGUAUUCAAUACUGAGAAAGCAUAUGUACUUCACGUGUCUUUACCGGGAGCACUGAAGGAGGACAUUGGGGUACACUGGAAUGGAGAGAGGAUCAACAUUGCUGGCGUCGUAUGCCGUCCGGGCAAUGAUGAGUUCCUCCAGUCCUUAACUUCCAGCGAAAGGAAGAUUGGUAUGUUUGAGAGAAGCAUCAAGCUACCGCCUCCUGGAAGUGAUGAAAAGGAGGAUAUCGACGGUCUCGGCGUCUCCGCUAAGAUGGAGAACGGUAUUCUUAUCGUAACUGUUCCCAAGAUUGAGAAGGAGUGGACUGAGAUCCACAAAGUUGAUAUCGAGUAAACAAUGGAUAUCGUAAAGCGGAAGGGCGCAUGUGAUGGUUGGUUAUGAAUAUUGACGGUAACUCUUAUAGGAUAAUGGAAUGGUAGGCGUUAGGAGUCGCAGGUAGCACACACCCCUAGUAUAGCAAUAAAUAAUUGAUUACUUUUUUAAAAAAAAUAUACUUUCAAGUUUUCUGCGUCGCUAGAAAGAUCCCUUGAGACUGUCUUAA